GCUCCGUCACGGGAAGGGCGGAGCGCGGUGGCGGCGCCCGUUUCCUUCGGCGCGUCUCGGCGGCCGCGGCCGGGCUCGCCGGUGCUGCCGGGGCGGCGAAGGAGGAGGGAUGGCGUACUUCGUGGAGAACUUCUGGGGAGAAAGGAACAAUGGCUUUGAUGUGCUCUAUCAUAACAUGAAACAUGGACAUUUGUCCACAAAAGACUUAGCAGACUUUAUAAGAGAAAGGGCUACAAUAGAGGAGACAUAUUCACGGUCAAUGACAAAACUAGCCAAAUCAGCAAGCAAUUACACACAACUUGGGACAUUUGCACCAGUUUGGGAUGUUUUCAAAACCUCAACAGAAAAACUAGCAAGCUGUCAUUUGGAUCUUGUGCGGAGAUUACAAGAGCUAAUAAAAGAAGUUCAUAAGUAUGGAGAUGAACAAAUCAAAGCUUAUAAAAAGACUAAAGAGGAUGUUUCAGGAACUUUGGAAGCAGUGCAAAAUAUUCAAAGUAUCACUCAGGCCUUGCAGAAAUCAAAGGAAAACUACAAUGCAAAGUGUGUUGAACAAGAACGUUUGAAAAAGGAAGGAGCAACACAGAGAGAAGUUGAUAAGGCAGCAGUUAAAUCAAAAAAAGCUACAGAUACCUAUAAACUAUAUGUGGAGAAGUAUGCUGCACUUAAAACUGAUUUUGAAGUGAAAAUGACAGAAACAGCACAGAAAUUUCAAGACAUUGAAGAAACACACCUUCUUCGUAUGAAAGAGAUUAUAGAAUCGUUGUCAAAUACUAUAAAAGAAAUUCAUAUACAAAUUGGAGAGGUGCACGAAGAGUUUAUCAAUAACAUGACAAAUACUACAGUUGAGAGUUUAAUACAGAAAUUUGCUGAGACAAAAGGAACUGGCAAGGAAAGACCUGGCCCUAUUGAAUUCGAAGAAUGCAACACAUCCAGUGUAGUUGAAGGAAUAAAACCACGGAAGAGGAAGCCUUUUGGUUUAUCAGGAAUAAUGAAAAAAGAAAAAGAUACUGAAUCUGUGGAGUGUCCAGAUGCAGACUCAGUUAACUUUCCUGAUGUAGAUGACGAAGGAUACAGCAUUAAACCAGAAGCAACACAAGAUACCAAAGAGAAUCAUUUCUAUUCAUCCAGUGAUUCUGACUCUGAAGAUGAUGAACCCAGGAGGUUCCAUGUAGAAAUAAAACCUGUCCAGCCAAAUAACAGCUCUCAAUAUACUAUGCCUUCCUUGGAUGAAUUAAAAGUAUCUAUAGGGAACAUCACUCUUUCUCCAGCAAUAUCUCAGAGGCACAGUCCUGCACAAAUGAAUCAAAAUUCAUCCAGUGAAGAGUUAACAAAAUCAAAGCCUUCUGCUCCAUCUAAUGAAAAGGGAAACUGUGACCUCCUGGCAUGGGAUCCACUCUUCAGCAGUUCUCUUGAAUCCUCCUCUUCAGUUUCUUUGGCAUCCUCAUACUCCUCAGCUACCCUAAAGGAGCACAGUAGGAGCUCCUCCUCAUCUACCACUGAUUUGGCUGGGUGUAGUGUAUCUCAGUAUUUGCUUGGACACCAGACAGAUUCUGGGUCUACAAGCCCAUCCUCACCAGACUUUACGAUUAGCACUUUGUGCAAAUCUGGUGUUCCAACAGCACCAUCAGGGAGUACCAAUACUUUAUCCUGUGUUUCACGAUCUCAGAGUCAGUGGAUUUCCUUUGGUGAUGAACUUCUUACAGUUAGACACACAAGCACAGACAAGAAGGAACCCCAAAGAUUGCAUUUUAAAACUGAAAAUGCCUGCCUUGCCUCUUCUGCUUGGCUUGGGAAUUCUUCCAACAGCUGUGCUUCUGAGGAUCAAAGUGACCUUUUCAGUAACACUAUAUGCCAUGAACAAUUAUUCAUUGAAGAAACUGGCACUGCUGCUGAAAUAUCUUCCGCAUCAUCUUCAACACUACUGGACUAUAGUUUAGUGUCUUCUUGUGCUCAUACAAAUAAGGCAAGACCCACCACUCCUCUUUCUGCAGGCACCAUAGUACCCCCUCCAAGGCCUGCUUCAAGACCAAAGCUGACUACCGGGAAACUUAGUGGGAUUAAUGAAAUUCCUAGGCCAUUCAGCCCUCCAUUGACCUCUAAUUCAAGUCCACCUCCAGCAGCUCCUUUGGCACGUGCAGAGAGCAUUUCUUCUAUAUCCUCUUCUGCUUCUCUCAGUGCAGCAAACACACCUACCGUUGAGGAUGAUCUUUUGAUUCCAAAUCUUCCUACAAUUGAAAAGCUUUGUGGGACACCACCAGGUGUUUCACGUGGUCCCAGCCCUGUCAGCCUUGGAAACCAGGACAUCUUACCUGUUGCAGUAGCCCUUACUGAAUCUGUUAACGCCUACUUUAAAGGAGCAGAUCCCACAAAAUGUAUUGUGAAGAUUACUGGUGAUAUGACAAUUUCAUUCCCAAGUGGGAUUAUUAAAGUCUUCACCAGCAACCCAUCUCCUGCUGUGCUUUGCUUCAGGGUAAAAAACACAAGCAAACUAGAACAGAUUCUUCCAAAUGCACAACUUGUAUACAGUGAUCAGUCACAAAGUGACUCCAGUACUAAGGAUUUUUGGAUGAACAUGCAAGCUAUAACUGUCUACCUCAAGAAAUUAUCAGAGCAGAAUCCAUCUGCAUCCUAUUACAAUGUGGAUGUUUUAAAGUAUCAGGUAUCUUCAAAUGGCAUACAGUCUACUCCAUUGAAUCUUGCAACUUACUGGAAAUGUGAUGCUAGCACUACUGAUGUGAGAGUGGAUUAUAAAUACAAUCCAGAGUCUAUGAAUGUGCCUGGUAUGCUGUCUAAUGUCCAGGUUGUGGUACCAGUAGAUGGAGGAGUAAUAAACAUGCAGUCACUUCCACCUGCAAAAUGGAAUGCAGACCAGAUGAAAGCAUAUUGGAAAAUAUCUAGCAUUUCAGAGAAGUCUGAGAAUGGAGGUUCUGGAUCCCUCAGGGCAAAAUUUGAACUUUCAGGAGGACCCAGUAAACCUGCAACACUUGCAGUGCAAUUCAUCAGUGAAGGAAGCACCCUUUCAGGAGUAGAUGUGGAGCUUGUAGGCACUGGCUAUCGGCUUUCCCUUCUCAAGAAGAGAUUUGCCACUGGACGAUAUAUGGCAGACUGCUGAUGUACUUGUGAAAAUCAUCGGAUCAAAGGAGUGCAAGAAACCCACUCCACUCUCUAUACUUUUCAAACACUAUUUUAAUACGCAUUAAUUUUUCCAAAAUGUUAUCUACUUUGAGGCUAAACUACGGAAAGUAAAUGCACUUUUGAAAGUCAAUUUGAAAACUUUUUAUUACUUUACAAUAGCACUGAAGUUAACUUCAACACUGUCUGUAAAUGAUCAACUGCAAUAUUUGGGAAAAUUUGUUAAAAUUUAGUAAAUUUAUAUAGAUGAAGUCAAAAUAGUAAUCCACAGUCGUAAUGAAAGUAUGAAAUUGUAUGUUGUACUGUAAACAUUAAACCUAAAAUGUAGGACAGCAAGUAAGAAAUAUUUGAGCUUUCCAUAAGUAAUACUAAUUUUUCAGAUUCUUUAAUUGCCAGCUUUUAAUUGCCAGUUUUUAAAGAUAGCAGAGGCUAAGUCUCAUGUAGUUCUUCUGUCCACUGAUGCCACAAAACCAGCUUAGAGAUGUAUAAAAGAAAAGUAAGUUGAUUCCCAUGUAUCAUAUAUUAUUAACAUGCAAGUUGUUUUUAUAUAGGAUUGUUUUUUCCCUAAGUGCAAUGUGUUACAAAAUUGCAAAACACAGCAGUUGGUAAAUUUUUUGGGCGUUGUGAUUGCAAUGCUGUAGAUUUAAUUUAUUUUUAUAUGAAUUGCAUAACAAUUGUGCCUUUCAAAAAAAGCCUGUGCCUGUCUAAUUUGAUAUCCAUGUGCCUCAUUUCCUUUUUCAGAGUUUGGCUCUUCAUGGAGAAAGCUUGAUAUUUGUAUUAUACACACAACUUUAUAAAAAUUCCUUUCACUGGGAUUUAUUUCAAAGGCAGAUCUGCAAAUAAUGGAGUUUGCUUUAAAA